AGUGGGAAAGGCGGAAGCAAGACACGGGUCAGUCCCUGAUGAUGGAGGGUUUUCGCCUCGACCCUGCUGGACGAGACCAACGAUUGCGAUCGGAUAGCAGCGGUAGUGGUGGUGGCGGUAGAGCGACAAUUACGGGGCAUGGGGACGAAGGGAGAGACAUUUGAUCGAGUCAGGCAAUCCUACCUACAUGAAGUGUGUGAAUGAACGCGACCCGCACGAUAGAUUACUUCUCCGUUUGCUCUCUCUCCGUCGGUUUGUCUCUCGCUCUCUCGCUCGCGCGCGCAUCCACACCUCCCGCCGUCACCACCACCAUUGCAAGGGCAUGGGAUGUACCCAUUGUGACACUUGGCAAAAGUCUUGAUAUUACUGGGCUGCAGUGUGACAUGAGCGGCAUGAGCGGAGGAGGAGUAAGUAGGAUGCAGAGAGCAAUCUAUUCCCUCACGGCAGCGGAGGACCGACUUGGCUGGCUGGCUGGGUGGCGGCGGCGGCGGGGGCAGAGGAAUAGGGCCGACGCCAUUGACCGUCGCGGCGGACUCGUCUGGAGGCGUUCAAUAGCCUCAGAAAUUGAUUGAGAUAGAGACGGCGCGUUCUCUUCUCGAGGUGUGUGUGGAUG